UUCCCAUUCAUUAUUGGCAUCUUAAAGCAUAUUUGAAAAAUGCAAGGAACGAUUUCUUGUACAAGGCACUAUCCUAUGAUCCCCGCAGCGGAAUCUCUACGGCCGAUGCCGCUUAGAACGCAGGGAGACGGUGAGAGCGUUCGGACGUUGGUGGAGGAGAACGCGGUUAUGGUGAUUGGACGAAAAGGAUGUUGUAUGUGCCUCGUUGUGAAGAGGCUGUUUUUUGGACUUGGAGUGAAUCCGGCGGUUCUUGAUAUCGAUGAGAAGAUGGAAGUGGAAGUAAUGAAUGAGCUAGAGAAGAUUGGCGUUCAAGGCGGCAGAGAAACGGUGAUGUUACCCGCGGUUUAUAUAGGAGGGAGGUUGUUUGGAGGGUUAGAUAGGGUUAUGGCAACUCAUAUUUCGGGUGAGUUGGUUCCAAUUCUUAAGGAGGUUGGAGCUUUGUGGUUGUGAAUAUAUUCAAAUGGAAUCUUAAACUUACGUUGAACCUUGAUAUGGUAAAUAGUUAUUCUGUUUUUCUACG